AUGCUCCACGACCGGGCGCUCCUGCUGCCGGGGCAGCCGCUGCCGCUCGCGCAGGGCGCGCGUGUGCAGGCGGGCGACGGCACGUAUGCAUAUGGUGACUAUGUCAUGGCGAGUCGUAUUGGCCCACCUGGCACGGUGCGUGUGCAGGGUACACGCCCGCCGCUCGUGCUGCCGCGGCCAGAGAGCGUCGUGCUGGGGCGCGUGACGCGCGUGACGCCGCGACAGGCGACGAUCUCGAUUCUUGUGGUCGAUGGGCAGCCGUGUGGUGGUGCGCAGGCCGCGAGCGUGGGCGCCCGCACGAACCAUGCGGCCGGGGAAGGCAUUGACGGGAGCGAGUUUCAGGGCCUGGUGCGUGCGCAGGACGUGCGCACGACCGACAAGGACAACGUCGUGCUGAGCGAGUGUUUCCGCCCUGGCGACAUUGUGCGCGCAGUGGUCCUCUCUCUGGGCGAUGCGCGCUCCUACUACUUGUCUACGGCGCGCAACGACCUCGGUGUCGUACACGCGACGGGCGGGCGCACCGCCAACGGCGGCUGGGCGCCGGCGCGGCACACGCUGCAGCCCAUCUCGUGGCGCGAGAUGGCCGACCCCGUGACGGGCGCGGUGGAGCGACGCAAGUGCGCGAAGCCGGAGUGGCUCAACUAG